AUGAAAGAGGUUAUGAGGAACGAACUUGUGUGUACUGGGUGUAGGAAUGUCAUGGAGUACGCUAGAGGAACAGCGGAACUUCGUUGUGGAUUGUGCAACACCGUAACCCGUGUUCCUCCUCCUGGAAUGCAAUUGUCCCAACUUUCUUGUGGAGGUUGUAACACAGUGUUAAUGCACGCCCGUGGUGCUGCAUAUGUGAGAUGCACCAGAUGUCAAACUAUCAAUCUUGUAUCCGAACCUCAUCAAGAGUUCCAACUCCGUUGUGCAAACUGCCAGAACAUAGUCAUGUAUCCUCCUGGAGCUCCCUUUGUCCGAUGUCCAAUUUGUAACAAUAUUACUAAUGUGGCAGGCCCUUCAGGCUCUUCCUAG